AUGAUUGAUUUUAAAACGAUAAUGGGUCUGAAAAGAAUUGUGUCACCAAUUAGGCACAAUUGGAUCCAAAAAUAUACAUACUCGAUCAAAUUCUCAGACACGGUAAUGAAAGUUAUGUCAAAUUAUAAGUCAACUCAAAUUAAAAAUGUUUGUGUUCUCGAAAAGAUAACAAAGUUUGACCUGGAAGUUCAAAAUGGAUUGACACCAGAACAAGUGUACAAUAGUUUUCCAUUGGCAUACAAAACACACAUAACUCACAAAAAAAUCAUGGAAUCGCUAAUUAGACACCUAAUAGAUGUGUAUAAACUAGAUAUUCAAGUAAUUAAAGCGCAAUCAAAGGGAGUAUUGCCCUUUGGAGUGCAAGGUAACAAGUACCGAUACAGGCCAGAUUUGGUAAUCAGCGCAGGAGGUGACGGAACAUUUUUGGAGGCGUCGUCCUUGAUCCCACCGGGCCAACUGACAGACACGCCAAUUUGGCUGGUGGGAUUGAACACGGACCCAGAAAGAAGUUUGGGAAACCUGUGUAUGUCGUACUACGGACCUAAGAUACAGCAUCACUUAAACUGCGGAUUCGAAGAUGACGUGAAGAAUCAAACAAAAUUGAACGAAAACUGUUUAAAAACACACACGGAUAAAGACUUGGACGAUUUUUGUAGUUUUAUAUAUUACAGAGGAGAUGAGAAGAAAAUAUGCCUAAAAUCACCAGAUAAUAUCACAGAAGAGGACAGGAACAGUAAGGAAAACAAAGUGAUAACAUACGACCAGUAUGUAAACACACUGUUGGACAACCUGUUGAACUUCAGGCUGCACCCAAUACCGAGGCAGAGGCUGAGGCUGAAGCUGUUUAAAAGAAAGUUCAUGAGGAACGACACACUGGAUACGACGACGGCGAACAAGGAGGAUCUGGACAGUAAUAAGAUAGAGAACACGCUGGUGACGGAAAAAAACUCGACGUUCGAGGAGCAGGACCUGGAAAAGGCAAACGACACAGAUUCGAAGUUCUACACGUUCCCGCACGGAGUGUUGAACGACGUGAUGAUCGCAGACAAGGACUUCGGAAAGACGUUCUACGCAAUAGUGCAGAUAGACGACAAGCCGCUUAAGAGGAUUAAGUCCUCAGGGGUGCUGAUAACGACGGGAACGGGAUCGACGGCGUGGGCGUACAACGUGUCAAAGAUGAACUUUUUCGAAGGAACGAGGCUAAUCAAGUGCCUGCUGGAGAACCCAAUGGUAGACAAAUCGCUUUCAGAAACAAUAAACGAUGAUGUAAUAAGGCAGUCGAUUGAAACUUUUAAUCAGAAGUUGAAAAUGGAUCCGAGUGGAACAGUUAUGAGAUGCCUAAUUAGAGAACCAAUAUCGAACAAAACGACGGAAUGUAGGAGCUUCUAUAACUGCCACAGGAUCAAGGUGGUCCCCCUGUCAAAAAACUCACAAAUAUGCGUUGAUGGAUCGAAAACACUAAAGCUGGAUUAUGGCGACAUAGUGGUUUUGAAAAGCUUCGAAAGUGAUCUGAUAUGGUCAUUCAUUUAA